CUUUGGGGGUUUGUUUUUUUUUUUAGAUCAGACUUGUCUUGACUUAAUUUCCUGUAAGAUGUGCCAAAAUUGUUAGUAAAAAAGUUGCUGCUGACGUAAAGGGAAACGCUGAUUCGUGUGGAUGAAAAGACCACAUUUUAACCUCCCCCACUCGAUACUUUGUUGACCACACAGCACGAAACUGGUGUACAGUUGUGAACAGUUUACAGACGCAGCUCUCAAGCAUGGACGUGGUCUACAAGGAGGGGAUGCUGUACCUUCAAAACGUCAAGUUUGGAAAAAGAACAUGGCGGAAAAUAUGGAUGCUGCUUUUCAAGCCCAGCUCCACCGGCGUCGGCCGGCUGGAGUUCUAUAACGCAUCUGAAAGCAGUUUCAACGGUGACCAGAUAAAGGCUGGCCGGAAGAAACCAGCGGACAGAAAGGUGGUGCGUCUAUGCGACUUCCUCAGUGUCACCCCUGCUGCCAAGGAGCCCUCGUGCCCUGCGGGCUGCACAGCUUUCUACUUGAAGACCAUGCAGUGCACUUACACUUUUGCCUCCACAGACAGCCAGGACUGGCUUGGCGCCCUCUCUCAUCUCGCCUUCCAGAGAGAUCCUUGGGAAUCAGGAAAAGGGGAUUUUGAAGAAGGAAAGGGCUUGCCCAUGGAGGACAAUGAACUUUACUCAUCUUGGAAAAAGGACCAGACUCCCUCUUCAAGCCAGUACCAGGUGAGGAUCCAGAGAACAGAGGCAGCCAAGAGGUGCAAGCUGGCCGGGCAGUACCUGGUGUCCCCAGACAGCGACGCUCUGGUUCUGCUCAGCAUCAAAACCGGUGGCGUGAUCUUCCAUUGGCCAUACAGGCUCUUACGCAAGUUUGGUCAGGUGGAGGGGGGAUUCAGUAUUGAAGCAGGGCGUCGCUGCGAGUCUGGAGAAGGAUGGUUCACUUUCCUGACGCCGCAUGGUCCCCAGAUCUUCCAGGCUAUAUCCAGGGAAUGCUCAAUAGCAAGGGAGAUGAGUGCCAAACCUCCCAGUGCCCACAGACCUUCGUUUCCUGACACGUCUGCUGCUGCUGUUGGAGCCUCAGCCAGCGAUCUUGCUGAUCAUCCCGUGUACAGUCUUCCAGAGGUCCCUGCUGACACCGACUACCAGUCUGUUAGCGACUACCGUAAUGACACAAUAGUACAAAAUAUGAAGCGCAUGUCUCUUUUCAGACCUGAUCACUCUGGCAGCAGGGAGUCAUUGGGAAGUGAAAAUGAGGCUGGGGAGGAACGGUGUACUUCUUUGGAAACUGUAAAUGUGAAUAACAUCACAGAGGAACAAUUGUAUGACAAUGUGAGGAAAGCCACAGCUCCCUUUGAAAAUAACACUGAGGCGUAUGAUUCGGAUGAUUCCAUCUAUGCAGAUGUGAAACUAUGCGAUUCUCUCUCAGACCUCCACACACAGAUUUACUCUCGUGUCCAACACCAGCCUGUUCCCCCAAACCGUCCCUUAACCCUCACCAAAUCUGAUCAGUGCUCCGAACCCAGGCUUCAAACCCAGCAUCUGCCCACCGUGGAUAGCUACUCGCAGUCAGGUUACUUAAGGCGAGCCGUGCUGCCCUCGACAAGAAGAACUGAAGCAGAAUAUUCAGAGUCCAUCUAUUCAGAUGUGAAAAAAAGAGAUUCUUUCUCAGCUCUCCCGCCUCAGCUCUACUCGUGUCCGAAGGGACCUCCCGACGUCCUCGCCAUAUCCGGUCCGUGGGUCCAGCCUAAGCCUCCAAGCCAACAUCUGCCCACAGUGGACGUCUCCCUCAACCCAGAUGAUUAUACAGAAGCACAGGCGGUUGAUGACUUGAAUGAUGUGGAGGAGGAGGCCGCCAGCGCCGCUGCUCACAACAAACCCUCAGAGGCGCCGGGCAGUUUCAAACACAGGCUGGCAGAAAUCAUUUCUAAGGACCUGGCAAAGUUCCAGCCAGCUCUUCCCUAUGGAGCAGACAUCAAUAGUUAAUGGAAAGACUAUUAGGAGCAAUAUCAACAAUGAUAAACUGUCAUGAGGUGUAAUUAAUUUCUUCACUGCUUCAAAAAAAAAAGUCCAUCGGGAGAAUACUGUUAUGCCUUGUUUGCUUGAAGAUAUUUGUAUGUAGUAUAAAAGCUUGCCUUUCUUUAUGGUUGCUACUAUAAAAGUGAAUAUUUAUUUUAGUUUCUUUACAGCUAGCAUGAAAAAGAAGCUUCUUGCAUCAGUACAUAUAAAGUCAUGUUGCUGAACCUGAUUAGUGUUUAAUUACACAAAAGCUUGGAAAAGUCUUGCACAUUCAAGGACUUAUGUAUUAUUUUCAAAUGGUCUUUUUCUUCUUUUCAAAAUAAGAAUGACUUUCUUUUAUCAUUCUUUUAUGGGCACCUUGCAUCAAAGCCAAAAACAGUAUUUAUUUUGUUGUGAAUGUUGUGUGUUAAAAGGGUUGUAUAAAAAAAAAAAAACUUAAAAAACACACUCAUGUCUUAAUUAUAUCUUUAUUAUAGCAAAACAUCCCCCAUAAAUGCCACUCAGCUACACAUAAAUAGAAAAAUACUUGUUUUUGAAUAGAAAUAAAAUCCAAAGUCCAACAAAUGACUCUGGAAAUGCCACUAGUUAUUGUUAAUAAUCUUAAAGUGCAUUUUUGAAGCUCUAUCGUAGUUAAUAGAGGCAUCAUAAAAUAAAAAAGUAAAAAACAAACAAACAAACACAAAAAA